GUUGACUGUUUGGGUCGUUAGCAAUCUAGACAUGAACUGUGACCGCUUGCGUACAACGUGUUGGGUCCUGUCCACUGUUGACAGUAUGACCUGACCCACUGAGUAUUAUAGCAGUGCUUACUUCAGGUGUCGUUUCAAUUGGCACGAAAAAGUGUUUCAGAUGAGUUUCGUAGUUAGUACAUCAUUAGAACCACGCGCUAUUGACACAUGACUCACCCACCCAAAAUACGCAUCACUUUUUCUACCAGAGAUAGACCUCGAGACUUAGACCUCAACUACUACUUCUUCGGGAAUCCAGAGUUCAAGGGUCGGCCCAAAGUCUUGAACGAGCCUAGCGCAAACACUAAGACCACAUUCGGCUUUUUUCCGGUUGAAAGUCUUCGAAGAUACGGCUUCCUGAUUUCAUUGUCGGAGAAAGGUCGUAAGUCUGCUCUGGUAUUUACUCUGAUUAGCCCGGUCAUUCUUUUCUCAAUAACAAGUGUUUUCGGCCGGGCCUUUUCAAAGGACAAAGAACAUUCUUGGUCAGCUCAAUUUUCUGAGUGGACAAAGUUUGCAGACCCGGGGGAUCUCAUAAAAGGUCCGCUGAACGACUCUAAAAUUUAUUGGAUCUCGUCGCUAGCAACAAUUGUGAGUGAAAUAUCCUGUAGUUUUGGUGGCGGGUUGAAAAUUGGAUCAAGCUUAGAUGGUCCGCUGGACAAAACUGGACCUGUAAUUAAUCCAAAACUUCCUGACCAACUUACUUCUUUGCUAAUACUUCCAGAAUUGUGCGUUUAAAUUCAUCGGGGAAAUGGAAAUUUGAGGAGAGGAAAAGAAACAUUUUUUUUUAAACAAGUAAAUUUAUUUCGAUGUUCUAUUUGAUUUUUGUUUGGUAGAAAAAAAAAGAGGAAGUCUAGCAUAUAAUGUCUUUCCAGAUAGUCUAAACAAAUGCUGUCACAAUGAAGAAGUGUUUAGUGUAAUGAAAUAGCACCAUGUCACUUGUGGAAAACGGGAAAGGCCUACUCACUUGGAACCAACUGAAACUAGACCAUCCGGCAACUAAAUGGAAACAGAAUCAUGGAGAGUCGGGCAGUAAGUGGGCGCUAGAGAACAAUCAAGCAAGACUCAGCCAGCCUUGCAGAUAUUUCAAGGCCAUUUCUAAGUUUGCCGUUCUGUCGAACAUGACAUCCAAAGAUUUGAGUAAAUCAAUAACCAAGCCGCAAGGCAAGCAAUGUUUCAUAACUGCCUUGCCUUGUAAUGGCUCGUCUAGCGCUAGUUCCGAUUUCCCCGGUAACUAUUCGCCCAGGGUGACCUCAAUGGUAGAAUUAACCGGUGUGAGAUCUUUGAAUGCCAAAUUGCCCGAACAGAACAUUACAUCAAAUAACGACGGGGCAAUAAAGACUGCCCCAUCACCAAUUGUAACUCCAAAGGCAGCUUUUAGUAUGUCGCCCACUGUCUCACCAUUGAAGCAUGAGAGGUCACCAAGAGUGUCCACGAUACUGACUUACGGUCACUCAUCUAGCGCGGCCAGUACUUUGCCAAACUGCAAGUCGAUAAACUCUUCCGCAUGCCCUACUUACCAGUCACCCAGCGUCUCGACUAUUUCUUCCAACAAUGCUUAUUUCAAAGGCCUGAUCGCUACCAAAAACUUGUCGCCAGUGAGCGCGGCAAAAAAUGCAACUGGUGCCUCUAGCGUGCCUCUUAGUUCAACAGCUUUACCAUCGCUAGUCCCACGCAAUUUGACCCCCAGCCAAAAAGUCAUGGAGACAAGCGGUCUGCAAAGUGUUUCCAAGUAUGGGGGCUUCUCGCCUGGCCAUUACGCCUUGGGUAAAAGCGAGAACUCUAACGCUUCACAUUCGCAUGAUCAAGAACUGCAAGGUUACACGUCGGCUUCAAGCGAGAAACAAAAUGGCCUCCCCGGCUAUAGGCGUUUCCAACCGGCUUGGACAGAUAACCCUAGAGCUUCCAAAACUGUUUUCAGAGAAAACAGGGAUGUUUGUUACUACGGAGAUCUUUCUUCACUUGCAGUCAAUGAUUCACGGCGCACAGCAACUCAGGCUAACCGUUCCGGAUCCACUGGUAGUGAAAUCGUAAGCAGUAUACCGGACGAAUCAUCCGUACUGUCCAACAGCUUUUAUAAUCACAACAUUAUUGAUAGGAGGCUCAACAAAGUGCCCAAAGAGCUGCCUAGUAUCCAGCAACAUAAACCAGUUCUUUCCAGACCAGCCUCGGGUAACAGUAAAAAGACCGGCUCGGUUAAAUCUGUAAAAUUAGCGAAAAGGUCAAGGUCAGCUAUGAAACGAAAAGGAGGCUUAAUUGAUACCAGUCAUCCCGUCGAACGCAACAGUGUUGUUACCCUGCCUUUAAUAUCGAAAAUGACUCUCUUCAACAGCAACUCGCUGAGUGCAAACACAAACAAUGCCGCACUGACGCGCAAAUCAAAUUCGUUGCAAGCCACAAUCUCAUCACUCACAAACGUGAAAAACGUCAGUAAACUUAUAAAGCCCACAGGGGCUAUACCCAAAUCCUCAAUCAUCGGUGCUAAAACGAAUGAAAAAGGGGACAAUGGGCAGAUCAAACCUAAUAAUGAGCCACACACCGUGUCUACAAAGAUCAACGAACUUCCAAAGCAAUCAAGUGUAAACCAAGGAGUAAGCAACGCUAUGGUUAAUCCAAAAAGCCAUAUUACCAAAUUGCCAAGUCUGAAGUCAAAAGUCGUAGGCAAGUCUAGUCAAACAAAAAAAAGAAAAACUCACAAUCGGCCAGUCGGACAACGGGACCACAAUGAGUCGCGCAAGGUCGUGGGCAGUCAGGCCAAGCGAUCACGCCGGACCUCAGCGGUGGGCAGCCAAACCAAACCGAAUUCGUCGGCGAAACGUCUGCAGACCAGCAGAGCUCGUCCCUUCCUCAAGAAAGAUAUGAAUAAGCGCCUCAAAAAGGCAAGCCUUGAUUCCAGUGAAGCCAGGGAUUCCAACAUGACAGAGGACGAAGAGAUCUUUCUGAAAGCUAAGUGGGCGGAACUGAAGGAUCUAAACCUACCACCCAUGAAGAAGCCAGCGGAUCCACCCCCAAAACAAGAGAAAAAAUGUAAAAGCAAGCCCAAAGCUUCACUUGGUAGAAAGAUCACACGCGCUCGCAAGGCCAGCAAAAACAAGAAGAAAGCGAAACCUGGAACCAAGUGCAGAAGGAAAAAGACGAUACAGAAAAAAGUUCUCAAAAGGAAGUAGCCAGUAACGGAGGGAAAUUGUGCUAGGGAAGAUGGUAUUUUCUAAUGUAGAUCUGUGCUAGGGAAGAUGGUAUUUUAAAAUGUAGAUCUAUUUAUUUAUAUAUUUUUAACUGGUGAACAUCUUGAGCUAGUUUAUAAUAAAAUGUUUUAAGCUGA